AUGGGUAUGGAAUGGGAGAUAUUCACAGACUAUCCAGCAGUCCCAAAUGGCAGAAUAUGGGUUUGUUGGAAGCACCAAAAAAUUAGAGUUAGAGUUCUAUACUCUGAUUCCCAGUUAGUACACUGUAUUGUAGAGGACAGAGACUCCUACUUCAAAUGCACCAUGACAUUUGUUUGUGGGCUUAACACUGAGGUCGAGAGGAAGGCACUAUGGCACCAGCUAAGGAGUCUAAAUACUAGUAUAAAUGACCCUUGGGUGAUCCUUGGGGACUUCAACACAAUGCUAUCUGUGGGGGAUAGAAUAAAUGCAGCACCAGUGCAUCCGACUGAACUAAUUGAUUUUCAAGACUGUGUGGAAGAUAUUGGAGUGGGACAACUAACUAGAAGGGGUUGUCACUACUCAUGGUGUAACAAGAGGGAUGCGGGUGAUCUCACGGCACUAUAUCAUAUACCAGAGUGUUCGGACCAUUCCCCAAUUUUGGUAAACACUGAGGUUAGUAGGCAGAACUUAAAGAGGUCAUUCAGGCUGUACAAUGUGCUGUUGCAAAAUCAGCAGUUCAAGCAGAUUGCAGAGACCACAUGGCAACAACAUAUACCGGGGUAUGCAAUGUAUAGAGUAUGGCAAAAGCUAAAACUAAUAGCACAGAGGGCAAGGCCAAUGAGUCGAGCAAUGAAUGGGCUGGAUACAAAACUAGAGGAGCUGCGACGCCAGGUAGAGCAUAUACAGAACCAGCUCAGCACAGACCUUUACAACACUCAACUCAUAAAUGAAGAAAAGGAGGUUAUAGUACAACUAGAAAAAUGGUCUAAUAUCCAUGAAAAGGUAGUCAGACAAAAAUCGAGGGCAACAUGGAUAACAUAUGGGAACUCCAAUACAAAGUUCUUCCAUGCAUCCCUCAAAGCCAGACAAGCUAGAAAUAAAGUUGCAGCAAUUAGCAAUGAUCAAGGAGAAACAUUUACUGCCGCAGCACAAACACAGAGUGAAUUUCUGAGUUUUUUCACUAACCUUCUAGGAACAAGACAAGCAGAACUUCCUAGCAUCAAUGUGGACAUAGCAAGGGAUGGCCCUUGCCUCACACAUGAGCACGGAAGGGAGCUUGUUCAGGAAGUUACAAGAGAGGAAAUUCUAGUGGCUCUCAAGGACCUGCCCCUAGACUAA